AUGCAGUUCCGCGCUUUGACGGGUGCCCUAGUGGCUGCAGCCGUUGCCUCUGGGGCCUUCUUUGCAUACAACGGCAACGACUCCACGGGUCAUUCGUAUUCCCCCGCCGACCAAGCCAGAAACCUUACCAGUGCUGCCAAUAGCGAGACUACGCGGAAGGCGCUCGUCGUGGGGCCUGGAGAGCUGUACACGGGCACAAUCACAGGAACUGGGCCCAUCUCAAAAGAGACAGAUGACUAUGGCAGGAAAGUGCUCGAGAUGCUGGACCCGGACCAAGCCACGGCCAAGCUGAGGAAGAAUGAAGAAUCAUGGUUGGUGGGAAGGGGUCAGGGCGUAGUGCGAUACGACGUUGUGCAAAUACCCAGCAAUGACCCUAUUGAAGACGACCACGCUGAGAAGAUCAUCGAAGUCCCGUCCAAUCUAGCUGCUACCGACAAUGGCGCAUCUGCCAGCGACUGGAUGUUCUGGGGCGUAUUCGACGGUCACAGUGGCUGGGUCACUUCAGCCAAACUCCGUCAAACGCUGAUUUCUUAUGUCGCACGCGAGCUCAACACGACUUACAAAUCCGCCCUUGCGGACCCUUCGCUGCACUUUCCAAAUCCUGAAGCAAUCGACAAAGCAAUCAAGACCGGCUUCACAAAGCUAGACAACGAAAUCGUCCACGAAUCUGUUAAGAAAGUACGAAAGGCCCAGUCUAAGGUCGCCGCUGCCGAGCUACUUGCCCCUGCACUAUCCGGCUCAUGCGCUCUCCUGUCCUUCUAUGACAGCCGGUCGAAGCUUUUAAGGGUUGCCUGUACAGGUGACUCUCGUGCUAUUCUUGGUCGACGAGGCGAAAAUGGUAAAUGGACAGCAACUCCUCUAUCAGAGGAUCAGACUGGUGGAACGACAAGCGAAGCAGAGCGAUUACGCCGAGAACAUCCCGGGGAGCCCAACGUAGUCCGGAAUGGCCGUAUUCUAGGUGGAUUGGAGCCCUCUCGCGCCUUUGGGGAUGCCUACUACAAAUGGUCGCUCGAGACGAAUGCCGAACUGAAGAAGUCCUAUUUUGCACGAACGCCAUCAGCGCUACUCAAGACCCCACCUUAUGUUACUGCUGAACCUAUCAUCACUACCACCAAGAUUGAGCCUGAAAAGGGUGACUUUGUCGUCAUGGCUACAGAUGGAUUAUGGGAAAUGCUUACCAAUGAAGAAGUUGUUGGUUUAGUUGGCCAGUGGCUCGACGCGCAGAGCAAUUCAGGGGGCCAAGGUUCUCAGACUCAAUCAUGGCUAAAGAGCUGGUGGUCUAGCCAGAAGCAGCUGCCAGUCGAACAAAAGGCAGGAGACACAGCGGAAGGUCAGCGUGCGCCCAUCCGCCAACAACAGUGGGGCACCAAGACUAGUCUGAACGAGCGCUUCGUAGUCGAGGACAAGAAUGCCGCAACCCAUCUUGUGCGAAACGCACUUGGAGGAAAGGACCAAGAUCAGCUGAGUGCUCUGCUCACGCUUCCAAGCCCCUUCUCUCGACGAUACAGGGACGACCUGACGGUAGAAGUCAUCUUCUUUGGCGAAGGCACUGGCACGGGUAACGUGACUCGAAAUCAAGAGGCUAGCGCAGCAGAGCCUGAGGCGCAAGCCAAGCUGUAG